AUCUCACUCGUGUUCUCGCUGUUCUAGCAGGUAUAUACACGUAGUAGUUAGCUAGCUGCUUCUCUUCGGUGCGGUGUUGCUCUAGUCUCUAGCUACCUUCAGUUCCCAAAACAAUGGCCGCCGGCGAGGCGUCGCCGUCGUCGUCUCACGAGCUCAGCCGCCGGCUGGAGGGCAUCCUGCGCGACGGCGAGGCGCCGUGGGCACGCCGUGUUUGCAAGGCGGCCGUGGUGGAAGUCAGGCUGCUGAUGCCGAUCGCGGCGCCGGCGAUAGUGGUGUACGUGCUCAACAACGUGCUCUCCAUCUCCACGCAGAUCUUCUGCGGCCACCUCGGCAACCUCGAGCUCGCUGCUUCGUCGCUCGGCAACAACGGCAUCCAGAUCUUCGCCUACGGCCUCAUGCUCGGAAUGGGGAGCGCGGUGGAGACGCUGUGCGGGCAGGCGUACGGCGCACACAAGUACGACAUGCUGGGCGUCUACAUGCAGCGCUCCACCGUGCUGCUCAUGGCCACGGGCGUCCCGCUGGCCGUCCUCUACGCCUUCUCCCGCCCCAUCCUCGUCCUCCUCGGCGAGUCCCCGGAGAUCGCCGGCGCCGCCGCCGUGUUCGUCUACGGCCUCAUCCCGCAGAUCUUCGCGUACGCCGCCAACUUCCCCAUCCAGAAGUUCCUGCAGGCGCAGAGCAUCGUGGCGCCCAGCGCGUACGUGUCCGCCGCCGCGCUGCUGCUGCACGUGGCGCUGUGCUGGCUGGCGAUCUACCGGCUCGGCAUGGGCCUCCUCGGCGCGUCGCUCGCGCUGAGCGUCAGCUGGUGGGUGAUCGUCGCCGCGCAGUUCGUGUACAUCGUCGCCAGCGACCGGUGCCGGCGGACGUGGACGGGGCUGUCGUGGCGGGCCUUCUCCGGCCUGCCCGACUUCCUCAGGCUGUCCGCCGCCUCCGCCGUGAUGCUCUGCCUCGAGACCUGGUACUUCCAGAUCCUCGUCCUCCUCGCCGGCCUCCUCGACGACCCCCAGCUCGCCCUCGACUCCCUCACCGUCUGCAUGACGCUUGCUGGAUGGGUGAUGAUGAUAUCCAUCGGGUUCAACGCGGCAGCGAGCGUGCGCGUGGGGAACGAGUUGGGAGCGGGGCACCCGCGCGCGGCGGCGUUCUCGGUGGUGGUGGUGACCGCGCUGUCGUUCGUGAUAACGGUGGCGAUGGCGGUGGUAUUCCUCAUCUUCCGCGACUACAUCAGCUACAUCUUCACGGACGGGGAGACCGUCUCCCGCGCCGUCUCCGACCUCUGCCCGUUCCUCGCCGCCACGCUCAUCCUCAACGGCAUCCAGCCCGUCCUCUCAGGCGUGGCUGUCGGGUGUGGAUGGCAGAAGACUGUGGCGUACAUCAACGUCGGAUGCUACUAUUUUGUGGGUGUCCCUCUCGGUUUUCUCCUGGGCUUCAAAUUCCAUCUCGGUGCAAAGGGGAUAUGGAGUGGGAUGCUAGGUGGAACCUGCAUGCAGACGCUCAUAUUGUUCUGGAUCACUUUCAGGACUGACUGGAACAAAGAGGUGGAACAAGCCAAGAAGAGACUGAAUCAGUGGGACGACAAGAAGCAGCCGCUUCUAGCAAGCACCGACGAAUGAUCAUGGUUCACACGAAAAAAUGGAUGCGCGUGUUUGUCUUUCAUAUCAUGCAUGUAUGCACGUUGAUCACAGAAAUGCUUGUCGGUGUUAAUUUGCGUUUCAAUAAUACUUCCGCGUUCAUCGUGUUCGCUUUCAUCCCUAUAUAAAUAUUAUUUCCUCCAUACGUAAAUAUUAAAAAAUAUGAUAUUAGUUAGCUCAAAAUUGAACCAAUC